GACGCAUCAAAGCUUUGUACAUUUUUGUCAGUUGGUUAGGUAGCUACUAGGUACUCGUAAUUGACCGGCUUUGUAUGUUCCUUGUGCUUGUUUGAAUCCAUAUUCUCACUAUGACCUCAUUUCCUCCGCCACCAGUCGACUCGAUCGACUGGAAUGAUGUCGGCUUCAAAGUCCGCGAAGUCAACGGCCAUGUCGAAUCCCACUUCUCCCACUCCUCCAACCCUCAAUGGAGCGCACCACGCUUCGUCAAAUCCCCUUACAUCCCAAUCCACGGCAUGGCCCCAGGUCUAAACUACGGCCAACAAGCCUACGAAGGCAUGAAAGCCUUCCGCCAUGCCCCGUCCUCUACCUCCCCUUCGGCACCCGGGCGCAUAACCAUCUUCCGCCCCCAGAAAAACGCCGUGCGCAUGCAGCGCUCAGUCGAAUUCAUCUCCAUCCCCCCAGUCCCCAAAGAGCACUUCCUCGAAUGCGUCCGGCUCGCCGUCGCAGCGAAUGCCGAAUUCGUGCCCCCCCACUCCACCGGCGCCGCCAUGUAUAUCCGGCCGCUUAUCUUCGGCUCCUCCGCCCAACUCGGCCUGAACCCACCGGACGAAUACACCUUUGCCGUUUUCGUCAUGCCCACUGGCGUGUACCACGGCGUGCAUGCGGUGGAUGCGCUCAUCCUGGAGGACUUUGACCGCUCCGCCCCCGACGGCACGGGCUCCGCCAAGGUUGGCGGCAACUAUGCACCCGUCCUCCGACAUAGCGACCGUGCGCGCUCUGAGGGGUACGGAAUCACUCUGCACCUGGAUAGCAAGACGCGCACGGAGAUCGAUGAGUUCUCGACCUCCGCGUUCAUCGGUGUUCGUAAGGACAAGGACACAGGAGCCGUUACGCUCGUGGUACCGGAUAGCAAGAAUGUGAUUGAUUCGGUGACGGCGUCGUCUGUCUGUGAGAUCGGCUCGAAGAUGUUUGGCUACAAGGUCGAGCGCCGGAGGGUGGCUUACGAGGAGCUUACCGAAUUCGACGAGGUCAUGGCUGCCGGUACGGCCGCGGCGCUUGUGCCCAUUAAGAGCAUUACGAUGAGAUCAAAGAAUGACAAGUUCACUUAUGAGGCGGGUGAGGGAGACGCAGGGGGUGAGAUCUGUAGGAAACUGCUGAAGACGCUCAAGGGGAUCCAGACCGGUGAUAUUUUGGAUGAAUUUGGCUGGCUGGUUGAUAUCGAACCUGUCCCUUCUGGAUGGAUGGAGGAGGCUGGGGGCAAGUAAAUGAGGAUGUUAAUAAUAUACUUCCUCUUCUUGCAAUUUUAGUCUACUUGGUUGCGUUUCGUCGGUGUGGCCUUGGGGGAAUAAAAACACGGCGAAGUGGAAAUUUUCGGUUACUAUUCUAACUACAUCAAAUUAUGGGAAUGGGGAUGAACGAGAUAUGGAAAGGAAAAAAAAGAAACAAUAUCAAUUUUGGAUAGCUACUUUAAGCAGUAUUUGUUGCAGAACUAUCUUGAACUAUCUUGAGCUGGGUUUCAUUUAGCUAACUUCUGUUUCUGAAAGCAUCCAUUAAUCGAACUGAUUUUAACCUAUCAUG